AUGACGCCCGCCGAUAUCGACGGUGCUAUCAUUACCAUUCAGCAGGCGUUUGCGGACGAUCCUUACUCGAACUGGGUGUUUGACAAGUCCCAGUACAAUUCCGCCCGAAACCACCAGUCUCUUACCCUUCGCUGUUACUGGGGUAUCAAGCAUGGACUCUUUUACGUCGCCAAAGACCCAAGCUCCUCGGAGCCUGAUAAGGUUCUUGGUACGGCCAUGUGGCUCCCUCCGACUCCGCCUGAUCAACCGGAUUCCUGGUCCCUUUGGUACAGCAACUGGAUGCUCUGGUUCCAACAGGGCCUGAUGAACCUGCGCUUUGGUCGCGGUGGCCUCCGAGUGCACCGUUAUUGGAUCUGGAAAGAUGCACAGGCCAAGGCACAGGCGCGUCUUUGGACCCACGAGAAGGGUUACUACUUCUGCAACAUCGUAACUAUCCUUCCGGAGUACCAAGGCAAGGGUAUCGGCAGGGCGUUGAUGGAGGAGGUGCUGCAGAUGGCAGAUGAGCAGGGCAUUCCGGCAUACUUGGAAAGCUCUCGAAAGGAUCCGAACGUGCCGAUCUACGAGAAGUUUGGGUUCGAGCUGAAGAAGGAGAUGGAAUGCGACGACGACGGAGAUGCUAUCAUGCUCUAUUGCAUGACCAGAGAGCCUCGGGGAGUUGCUGACGGAGAGGCGAAGAAAGCUGGCGGCUAUGGCACGUUCGAGGGAGCAAACGGCAGUGGCCAGAAUGGUUCCGCGGCGUAA